CCGCGUAUGCAUAUGGGUGACCUACUUUUAUUACAUCGCUCGUGUCAUGAAUUACGACAUCGCGACGUCAUUCACGCAAUCCAAUCACCGGUCAUCCCGCUGACACAAUGCAGCCUUCCAUGAAUUAGUGACUCGAUGCUUGGAUGCAUGUUUGCUUAUCUCGCACAAGUAUUCUUCUCAGCGGUAUCACAAUCCCACUCUCCAGUGUAAACGCCUUCCUGAAAUUCCAAACCAUUCACCAAGGGCAUGAACAUGGAGGUGCGCGAACAUUCCGUGGAAGAAGCCAACAAGAAGCAAUCUAUCUGGGGCCGCCCCCUUCGUAUGCGAGGCGGAGGCAUGGUGAAGGAUUGCCUCAUCAUAUUUGCUUGUUACGAAUGCUGCAAAAGACGCGACAAAUGAAUUGCCGAUAUCAUCUGUGGGUAUCAAGUUCCUUUCGGAUUCCUUUCCCUGGGCUUGGUUCCGCACGAGAACACUGAUAACCAUUUUUUUAGGCUGCCCUUGUGAAGCCUGCUGUUGAUCUGUGUAAAUCUCUACUCAUGCAUGCGCGAACUUACGACAUGACAAUGACAAAUGACUGUACCUAAAUUGAUAUCUCGGUCCCGCCGUGCCGCGGUCGAAC